CUCAAUCCCUUGGAUUGGAAGCUUUUAAACCAUUCAAACAUGGCAGCCGCCGCAGAGAUCCUAAGCCUGAAGCUUUUUAUAGACAGAAAGAGCCAACGCUUGCUCUUUGCUGAAGUAGACAAUGAAUUUGUUGAUUUCCUCUUUAGUAUCUUCACUCUACCGGUCGGAGCUGUGACGAGGCUUCUCAAAGAGGCCGACGGCGGCGGCAUGGUAGGCUGCCUGCCAAGCCUGUACCGGAGCAUUGAAAAUCUGAGUGUUAAUUACAUCCAAAUAAUAGACAAAUACUUUCUGUUAGAACCCAAAGUAAUCAUGCCCGGUGCUAAAAUCCCUCACCUAUUGCCAAACGUCUGCUCAACAUUCCGUCAAUUGUCUACCUGUCCGCGCGAUUGCAGCCGUAGCCGCGUUUACGUGGCUGACGAAUUUCGCGCAAUUUGCCCUAAGUGCGACUGUAGGAUGGACCGGGAGGUAACCUUCUUAGACACACAGGCACAGAGAGAAAUCGGUGCGUCCUCCGCGUGCGAGGAAGGUUACGUGAAAGAGACGGUCAAAUACAUGGUGAUGGAUGAUCUGGAGGUCAAGCCCUUGUCCACCGCCUCUCUUGUCACUCUGCUUACCCAGUUCAAUGUCAAUGUCAACGACAUUGGUGCUAUUGAGGAGAGAGUCGUCGAUUUCGGCAUGGAUGAGGCGGUGAAAUUGCUCAGGGCUUCCUUGCAAUCGAACACUGUUCUGACCGACAUCUUUCUUCCUGCCGAGAUCGAGAUGGAUGAAAAAUAAGAAAUAAAUAAAUAAAAUAAAAUAAUCGGAUCUUUUAUUAGUUUUAUUUAGGUUAUUUUGUAAUCCAAUAAUUGACUUAGCCUAAAGGCAGUCAAAUUAGGGUUUAUGUAUUUUUUGUUUUUUUACUUAAUUGAUAAAAAAAUAAAUAAAAGAUUUU